AUGGACUGGGUCUGGGUCUGGCUCGUCCACACACUCGCCUCACUAGUUUCUUACUUCUUCGCCAGAACAUCUGCCAAAAUUUUAGUUCAACGGGUCUGCUAUGCCCUACCGAUUGCAAUCAGUCCCUACUUGCUCUCCGGAUUAGUGAUAGGAGGAUGCGAACUGCACAACAGAAAUCCGUGCGUGUUCUCAAAUGAAACGGCCAUACCGGAUUAUUUAUUCUACGAAUGUUACGAUCACGGAAGCAUCGGUAAUGUGUGGUUUAAAGAGAUGUGGUACCUUAUACCGAUCUUCUGGGCUUCUCAACUCUGGAUCGGCUGGCACAUUUGGUUCCCAAAAUGCAAAAAAUUGACUACAGCUGAUAAAUUGUUUGUACAACCUUUGUACGAUGGUGUGUUGAUGGACCAAUCGUUGCUCUAUAAUCGAAGGAGGAGAGAUGAAACUCGAAAUAAGGUGGUGAUGAUAGUCCCAUUACCACGGGAUCCAACAACCGCACACCAUGUGGAGGCAGCAGCAGCUGUCGACGACGGCCAAGACACAGACCUGGACCAACUUCAGUUACUAAAUAUGAUGAAAGAUAAAAUACCCUUCGUGUACCUCUGUGCAACCAUGUGGCAUGAGGGCCGGUCUGAAAUGUUUUGCAUGCUCAAGUCUAUUUUCAAAUUGGAUAUUGAUCAGUGCGCGCGAAAAAAUGCUCAGACGUUUUUCAAAUUCAAAGACCCUGAUUAUUACGAUUUUGAAGGUCACAUAUUUUUCGACGAUGCUUUUAUUUUUUUCAAAAAUAAUUCGGCCGUGUACGAGAUAAACAGUUACGUGCGUGAUUUCAUCGACACCAUUCAAGAUGCCGCCACUGCUGCUCACGGAAUCACCCCAAACCUUCAGGAGCCAAUCAUUUACCAGACGCCCUACGGUGGCAGGCUGGAGUACAUUCUGCCAGGCGAGAAUAAACUCAUUGUUCAUUUGAAAGAUAGCGCUAAAAUAAGACACAGGAAAAGGUGGAGUCAGGUGAUGUAUAUGUAUUAUUUUUUGGGGAACAACUUGGAAAUGAAGAACUAUGAACCAUGGCGGAAGGAGAUAAGAAAAGAGAACACCUUCCUGCUGGCACUCGAUGGGGACAUUGAUUUCGAACCGACUGCACUGUUGCUCCUCAUCGAUCUUAUGAAGAGGGACGAGAUGGUGGGGGCGGCUUGCGGCAGGAUUCAUCCCACCGGAACAGGACCGAUGGUUUGGUACCAGCAGUUUGAGUACGCUCUAGGUCACUGGAUGCAGAAAGCAGCAGAACACGUGUUUGGUUGUGUCCUCUGCUCGCCUGGCUGCUUCAGUCUUUUCAGGGGCAGUGCUCUCAUGAGUGCAAAUGUCAUGGCCAUGUACACGACCAUGUCUACGGAGCCACUGCAUUACAUCCAGUACGAUCAAGGCGAGGACAGAUGGCUGUGCACACUGUUGCUCCAGCAGGGUUACCGCGUUGAAUACUGCGCUGCCUCUGACUCGUACACGCAUGCGCCCGAAGGUCUUCACGAAUUUUUCAAGCAAAGAAGACGUUGGAUGGUUUCGACAAUGGCAAACAUCCUUGAUCUCCUGGUGUCCUGGAAAUUGACGACUAAGAAGAAUGAAAAUAUUUCCUCUUUGUACAUUUUUUAUCAGAUGAUGCUAUUCGGCGUUUCGAUUGUUGGCCCCGGGACCAUAUUCCUCCUGAUUUCCGGGGCCGUGAAUGUUGCGCUGAACAAUCAACUUACGAUAUUUUGGUCAUCUGUGAUCAAUAUUGUGCCAAUCUGCUUGUUCAUCUUGCUUUGUUACAUUGGUUCGUCGGAAGUCCAGUUAUACUUCGCAACCUUGCUGGCCGGCUUCUACUGCGCCAUUCAGAUGCUGGUUCUAGUGGGUCUCAGUGUGCAGAUGGCCUCCAAUCCAAUCAUUUUCCCUACAACAAUUUUUUUCAUUUUCGUGACUUCCAUUUUUAUAUUAGCUGCAGUUUUGCACCCUCAAGAGUUUUUUUGCUUGUUUCAUGGUUUCACGUACUACCUGGCCAUACCGACCAUGUACCUGCUGCUGAAUUUGUAUGCCAUCAUCAAUAUGAACGUCGUCACCUGGGGCACCAGAGAUGAUCAGCCGACGCAAAUUGAGAAAGAAUUGAAAGAUAUUCACAUUCAGCAGGAGCAGCAGCAGCAGCAACAACAACAACAGAAGAGUUUGCUGUCAGCUUUGAGAUUGGAUGGCAUCAAGAAAGAAGGUGACGACGACGAAGAAGAUGGUUUUCAUUUGAACUGUGGUUGUUUCAAAGUGGCUUGCUGCGUGACGAAAGGUAAGAACGACUGCAAUAAACGCCACCAACAAGAGAACACUGAAAAAAUUCUGGCAGAAAUUAAAAAUGUGGAAAACCGAUUGUCUGACGUUAUAGAGUCAAAAUUCAAAUCGAUCACUGCACCGUCAGAAAGUAGUUUGAAUUCAUUGGACAAACCUCUGAGUACUAAUGCGACUGAAACAGAUUCGCAUAUCAAAAGUGAUGCUACCUUCCCAAACAACAGCAGCAGGAAAGAUGCUGGCACUGACUACACUACCAACACUAACAACACCGACAACAACAAAGACGACACCAACUGCAACAACAAUGUUGACCUAAAAAAAUUUCAGCUCAAAUCUAUCAACGCUUCUGAAGCCCAGUUUUUCAGCGAUUUGACCAAGGUUUACCUCUACCCUCUGAUAAAAAAUAAAGAAACAGAGGAAAAGUUGGCUAAGGAUUUGCUGGACCUGAGGAACAAGGCGUCCAUCGCCUACCUCCUCAUCAACGCCAUCUUCGUCAUUGUCGUUAUUUCCCUUCAAAUGAACCUGGACAAGAUUUAUAUCCCGUGGUUCUGGGGUGAUAAUAUAAACGUGGAUCCGCUGGGCUUCACUUUCAUGCUCGUCUAUGGAUUGGUAAUGAUUAUUCAAGUCAUCGGUAUGAUUAUCCAUCGAACGAGCACAUUUUUACACGUCAUGGCUACCACUUCAAUCAACUCAUUCCUCUGCUGUAAAAAAAGAAAAAGUAAUUUUGUUUUGUUUAAUCAAUAUGUUGUCAUUCUGUGUGCGAUAUUAUCUGAUCUAUCUUCAUAG